CCUUGCGUGAUUGCGUCACUCGCUUCUUGUUCCCAGACUCGCACUGUGUUAGUGAGUAGGAUCCGUGAGGAGAUCUCCAGGCGGCCGCUGCAGUCACCCAGCGUUAUAGCGAGCGGAUUCCCUGUCAGCUGUCACCGCCUGUCAGAGCAGCGGCCGAGACCCCCGGUACCGGAGUCAGUGAUAGCAGUUACAGCCCUCACUGAAACACCGGCACAGCCAGACAAGUCCGGACUGAUCCCGAGUAAACCCCGCCCACCCACUGCCUAUAUAUAGACCGACACUCUGUCAUUCUCCACACACGGGGUAUACGGCUACUAGUACUCAGUAACUAGCUAUACACAGAGUAUCCAGCUCUCUAUACCAGCUAUACAUAGAGAAUUCUAAGCUGUCUACUGAGAAUUCUAAGCUGUCUAUAGAGAAUUCUAAGCUGUCAGUGACCGAACCAACCAUUGAAUCCCACAGUGAGCACCCCAGUCUGAAUGAGAAGAUGGAGCCAGUGUCAAUUAUCGCAACUGAGACUCGGCCGAGCCCUUGGGGUGUAAACACAAAACCUGCAAAUCAGUGCUCAUUGGCAGAUGUCAUGAGUGAGCAGCUAGCCAGAGAGCUUCAGCUAGAAGAAGAGAGCCACAUUGCUCCCCAGGAGGCGCAGUCUGAAGAAACAUCCUUCCUAACAGGUGAGGAUAUUGACACAUCAAGUGAUGAAGUCUUGGCACAAAUGCUGCAAAUGCAGUUUGACAGGGAAUAUGAUGCUCAGCUUCUCAGGGAGGAAAGAAAGUUUAAUGGGGACAGUAAAGUUUCCAUAUCCUUUGAGAAUUAUCGAAAGGUGCAUCCUUAUGAAGAGAGUGAUAGCUCUGAAGAUGAAGUUGAUUGGCAGGACACACGCCAUGAUCCAUACAAAGCAGAUAAACCCACCACUACCCCAAAGAAGGGCUUUGUUGGAAAAGGAAGAGACAUUACAACUAAACAUGAUGAAGUAGAGUGUGGUAGGAAGAACACUGCUCGAAUGGAAAAUUUUGCUCCAGAAUUCCAGGUUGGAGAUGGAAUUGGCAUGGAUUUAAAACUAUCAAACCAGGUUUUCAAUGCACUUAAGCAGCAUUCUAUCUCCGAGCAACGUAGAAGUGCAAGAUUGCAUGACAAGAAAGAAGUAUCUACUGCGGAGAAGGCAGUGGAUCCAAAGACUAGACUGUUAUUGUAUAAAAUGGUGAAUUCUGGGAUACUAGAAACCAUUAAUGGCUGUGUGAGCACUGGAAAGGAAUCUGUUGUCUUUCAUGCUAGUGGAGGAAGCAUGGAAAAUGGUGAGGUACCCACUGAAUGUGCACUAAAGGUCUUCAAAACAACCUUAAAUGAGUUUAAGAAUAGAGAUAAAUACAUUAAAGAUGACUACAGAUUCAAGGAUCGUUUCAGCAAGCUCAACCCACGCAAAAUCAUUCGCAUGUGGGCAGAAAAGGAAAUGCACAAUCUCAAGAGAAUGCAGAAAGCUGGCAUACCUUGCCCAGAAGUUGUCUUGUUAAAGAAGCAUGUGCUGGUUAUGUCCUUUAUUGGGAAGGAUCAGGUCCCUGCUCCUACACUGAAGGAAGCAAAGCUUGGUUUAGAGGAUGCAAAGCACGCCUAUUACCAGGUCCUCUCGAUGAUGAAGCAGCUUUACGACCAGUGCAGCCUUGUACAUGCUGAUCUCAGUGAAUACAACAUGUUGUGGCAAGAUGGAAAGGUUUGGCUUAUUGACGUGAGUCAGUCAGUUGAGCCUACUCACCCUCAUGGAUUAGAGUUUCUGUACCGGGACUGCAGGAAUGUAUCACAGUUCUUCCAGAAGGCAGGCGUUUCUGAAACCCCAAGUGAACGUGAACUUUUCAACAUUGUGUCUGGCUUGAAUAUCACAUCUGAUAAUCAAGCGGAUUUCUUGGCAGAGAUUGAAGCAUUGGAGAAAUUAAAUGAAUCUCACGUUCAGAACCAUAAAAAGAAGAUUUCUGCAUUUCAGAAAGAUGAUGAAGGGCCUCCCAGGCUUUACGAUGAAUAAUCUUAACCGGAUGUUCGAGUUAAGUGUUAACCGCAAAAAAAAAACAAGAUUGCUGAGUUCCAACAGCAUUGAUGCAGUGAAUAAAAAUAAAA